AUGGCAGGUCAUCCAGCGCAUCAUCAACAAUACCGCACCGUCGCAUAUUUCGUCAAUUGGGCCAUCUAUGGCCGCAAACACCGACCUCAAGACCUACCUGUCGACAAACUGACCCACAUCUUGUACGCCUUCGCCAAUGUGCGCCCGGAGUCCGGUGAAGUCUACCUUACUGACUCCUGGGCCGACACCGACAUCCAUUGGGAAGGCGACAGCUGGAACGACUCCGGCACAAACCUCUACGGGUGCCUCAAACAACUCAACAUCCUGAAGCGACGCCACCGUCAUCUCAAAGUGCUGUUAUCCGUCGGCGGCUGGACAUAUAGCAGCAACUUCAAGCAACCCGCUUCAACACCGCAAGGGCGCGCCACAUUCGCCAACUCCUGCGUCGAACUAAUCAAAAACCUAGGUUUCGACGGCAUAGACAUCGACUGGGAGUAUCCGCAAACCCCCUCCGAAGCCGCCGAUUUCGUAUCCCUCCUGCGCGCCGUACGCGAAGCCCUCGAUGCCUACGGCCGCAGUUUACCUACCCCAUACCACUUUGAACUAACCGUCGCCUGUCCAGCCGGCGCGCAAAACUACUCCAAGCUCGACCUCCCCGCCAUGGACCGACUCCUCGAUUUCUGGAACCUAAUGGCAUACGACUACGCGGGCUCCUGGGACUCUACAUCGGGCCACCAAGCCAACCUCUUCCCCAGCGCCUCAAACCCACGCUCCACACCCUUCAGCACAAUCGCCGCGCAACACUACUACGUAACCCACGGCGUCGCGCCGCAUAAAAUCGUAAUCGGCAUGCCACUCUACGGCCGCGCAUUUCAAAACACGGAAGGUUUAGGAGCACCCUACAACGGUGUAGGCGAAGGAACGUGGGAGAACGGUGUACAUGAUUAUAAGAAACUCCCGUUACCAGGCGCGACGGAACAUAUUGAUUACGAAGCCGGCGGGAGUUAUUGCUAUGACCCGCGCACGCGGACCUUGGUUAGUUAUGAUACGGUGGAGAUGGCGCGGCAGAAGACGCAUUGGGUGAAAGAACGACGUUUAGGCGGUGCCAUGUGGUGGGAGAGUAGUGCGGAUAAAGAGGGUCGUGAGAGUUUGAUUGGGAAUGUGGUGGAUGUAUUGGGUGGUCCGGGGGCGUUGGAUGGUAGGCCGAAUUGUAUCGAGGUUCCGCAUACUAAGUAUGAUAACCUGAGGGCGGGAUUUCCUAAUAAUUGA